AUGGCUGAACCAGCACCCUAUGGUGGCUUGCUAACCAAGACUUUGGACGACGAAAAGGAGCAAGAGAACAAGCUCAAACAACAAGCAAUCACUAUAAAUGUCAAUGGAACCCCAGAAACUAUCAGACCAGAAGCUGUACAUAUUCGUGGUGUCGACAAUCUUUCCACCGACGACAUUAAAGCCUAUGUAGAUUACUAUAUCAACUACAAUGUUACCGAAUCCAUGGACGACGAAGCGCCGGUGUACGAGCAGCUCCCGUACGACGAACAAAGUCAAUUUCGAGUUCAAUGGAUCAAUGAUGAAAGUGUGAAUUUGGCAUUCAAAACACAUGCACAAGCCGCUGCUGCUUUGGCGAAACUCUCGGUGUUUGCAGGUCCACACUUAGACCAGGAACCCCCGUCUGAACUCACAGAGGAGUACGUAGCUCAAUUGGUUCAGGAAAGAGAGGGAAAGCCGUAUUCUGCGAUUGAAAAUUUCAAAAAACAAAUCAGUUUAGCCAGCCGAUUGGGCGAUAAAAAUGGUGAAGAGAGUACUAACGAUGACGAGGGACCACGAACAAUUGAGCUUUUUCUCCGGUUGUCGUUUCAAUCCGACAGAAAAAUAAAAAACGCUUCGGCGUACUCUCGCUACUACUUGUUUCAUGGAGAACCAGAUCGCAGUGCGCCACAGUAUAGAAACAGGGAGAGGAGAGGAAGAGGGAACAAAAACCGUUCACGCGGAGGCCGAAAAAGGGAGGAAGAGCCCGAUCUUUUUGCUGAAAGACUCGAUCACCGAUCGCGCGCUGAAGAAGACGAUUUAUUUGCCGAUAGAUUGAGAGAACGGUCCCCAACGAGAUAG